CCCAAUCAUGAACACCAAGGUCCUUCUCAUUCUCAGCCUAGCGGCCUUCGUUGCUGCAGACAGUCGUGAUAUUUACCAGCCACCUCAGUCUUCCGAGGAAUCCUUCGAAUCUUCCGAAGCCAAAUACAGCUUCAACUGGGCCGUCAGCGAUGACUCCUCAAGCAAUGAGUUCGGACACCAGGAGGUCCGUGACAGAGACCACACACAGGGAUCCUACUACGUGCAGCUCCCCGACGGCCGCCUGCAGACCGUCAAGUACUACGUGGACGGCGACUCCGGCUACGUGGCCGAAGUCAACUACGAGGGCGAAAUAUCUGACGAGUCUAGCUCUUCUGAGUCUGAGGAGGAUACGCCACGAUACGAAUCUUAGCCAAAACAUGAAUUCGUAUAGGGUUAAGUUCAAACACUGCUAGUCUCGUGUUUUCAUUAAACACAUGUUUAUGUUUAUGACAUUAAAUUAUUUACAAAAUAC